AUGGGUAUUUUGCAGAUUGGAAACAAAGGACAAUUGAUACUAGAAGAUUUGGACUCUACUCUUGAAUUGAAAAUUACGGAACUAACUGGAUCGAUAGUUCUUUUAUCCGGACAACUAUCCGGUACCUCUUUAAUAGUUGAGGAAAUCGAUCAGCCGGAAGGUUUGCAAUACUCGAAAAUGUUCGAUUGCUUUUUUAACCAAAGACCCUCUUUAUCUCUCGCCAAUCCAUGGAAAAAUGCAGAAUUUUUUGCGUACGCGCCAAGAAGCCAAAAAGCUCCAAAUGGUGAACGCGUUUACAUUUUUUCAGAUGUUUGGUUUAACGACCCGGCCGUAAUUACGCUUGUAAAGCAGAUUGGAGAAAGCAUUAAAUUUCUGUUUCUUAGCGGUACUUUGCCGAAAAACGAAUCGGUUAAUUCUUCUCUAUUUAUUCCGCAAGAAUUUCCAGCCGAAUUACAAAAGAGGCUCUCCUUUGAAAAUGCCAUAUUUUCGAGCAAUCCAACGCGGUACCAGGGAAUUGCUAAUGAUGGUAGAGUGAGAAUUUCCCUGAAAAGGCAAUUGCUUUUGUUUUCUUUGCUGUACUCGGCAUGUUAUGUUAAAAAUUCGCUUUUUCCUCUCCCUUCGACCGAUCCCGAGUUUUUAAAAAGUAUAUUUCAUUCCAUCUCAAGACAGUCUAUUCUGUGCCAUUUUCCUGAUAAUAUCCAGCCCAGCUUUUACAACAGACACUCAGCAUUAUCACUUUGUCCCGAAGUCGAUGCAGUAAUCAUCAGCGAUACUCUAUUACCCUCUUGUGUUCACAGCAUUGAUGGCACAAACUUUGCAAAUUGCGGGUCAUUUUCGUCGACCUCCACCUACUUGUCAUAUAACGCAGAUACCAAUGAAAUUGACAUUGAAAAUUUGUGUUUGUAG